AGGGGGUUGUAUUGUGCUCCUAUUGUCUACACAGACGAAAUUCACUUCUUUUGCAAUCCUUUCGUCUCCUAUUGUCUUUACCCUCGAAUAACCCAAGUCUCCUUCAGUCAUGGCAUCUAUCAUUGUGCCAACGGACGAUAGCAAACAAUGCUCCCCUCUACCCAAAUACAUUCCUCUUCCUCCUCAGAACACACCUCAGAAAACCAAACGCCCCAAUCCUCAAGAAACUCUCAAGUCCAGCUUCUGAAUCCCAUCACAUUCACUACAACUACCACUUGACCAUCCAUUCUUCUACUCCAGUCAAUCACGGCCCAGCAUGUCCAUCACUCGCCGGCAACUCGAAGCGCUCAUGAACCAGCGCCUCACCCGGGCCGGUACGCGCAAUCUCAUUCAUACCUGGCAGCACGUCGUCGGACACCCCCUGAACUACCACCAGCGCCUAACAUUCCCGCACCCGGGACCGCGCCCCCGGCAAGCGCCGCCGCCGCCGCCGUUCUACUAUCAGGGGGUCGCGAACCACGUGCGCUACGAGGACCUGCCGAGUAUUGGUGAGCCGGCGAUGGAACUCGUGGGCGAGGUGACGCAUUAUGAGAGCUGGAAGGGUGGGGAUGUGUGGUAUUUGACGUGGGAGGAUGAGAAGGUUAGGCUUGGGGAGAGGAGGAGGGAGAAAGCGAAGAGGAAGAGGAAUUGGGGUGUGUGUUUUCUUUUUGCUUCUGCUUGUAUCUUUUUGUCUCUGUUCCCCUUUCUCUUCAUUCAUUUCUCUCUCUAUCUGACCCCUAUUCAUACCCCAUCUAGCGCAGACUCAUCCCUUCUAACCGUUGCACAGGUGUAGCAGGGAAGAAGAAAAGGAUUCACGCAUGGAAGAACAGGAAGGGCGCACCGCUGGCACGGGAUGCAAAUGGGAGGUUUGUCUGCAAAGGACCUUCUUAAUAGAG